AUGGCCAGAUUCAGUGAUGACGAGUCUUCGAGGGACUCCUCCUUGGUUUACGGCGAAUACGACGGUAUAGAUACAAAUCGAAAAAGGCAAGUUCCCCUUUGAUUUCAGCGUAAUAUCAAUUUGUUUUUAGAAAUUUGGAUCGCCGCAGAGAAACUUCCAGAUACGCAGCCAGAGAUCGCCGAGGGAAGGAGGCUGACAUCUUUUCUGACCUCAAGGAUGUGGUGCCGAUCGUCGAGGAGAGCACGGUCACUCACGUUGACAGAAUCGCUCUUCUCCGCGUUGCAUCCACCAUGUGCAGAAUGAGGAGAAAUGCAGGCAAAUGUAAGGAAUCAGCUUGUUUUCUCCCAUAGCUUCUGAGAAGGAAGUAAAUUUUAUUUCUAAACUGUGAAUCCAUUUACAAUCGGCCUUACGUAAAGGAUCUUUGUGUAAUGCCCUGAGGGUUACUGUACUCAUACAGGAUGUAUAUUCGUCGCUCUGAUGUCGGGUAUUAAGGGAAUGCAAUAAGCGCCUGAAAACUGAGUUCCCAUAGUUACAAUUGGAUUAAAGAAGAGAGCAGAGUACAUUCGUUUAGAUAGCUGGACCCGAGGAAAGGGGCAUUGAGUGCUGCGAAGGGGAAUAAUUUGACGCUAGAGGAAAAGGAAAAGUGUUUUGAAGGGAGAGUAACGAGGUUACGAAACGUCCCCAAUGAACGUUUAUAACACACACAAAGCCUCAGAUGUACUUUUAUCCCUCAUUUUUCAGUCUUGGAGACCGAACUCCCUCAGGAAGAUCCCCAGAUCCAUUGUUUCACCGAACAGAACAUGACUGAAUGUCUUGAUGGCUUCGUUCUUUUGGCCGAUUCUGACGGCACCAUUCUUUACGUCAGCGAAAGUGUUUCCAUCUUUUUGGGACUGACUCAGGUAUGGAUCACAUUAAAAUCACAGCAUACCCACGCAGCGGGUGAUAAUCUACAAAAUAAAAGUAACUUAAGGACAGCAGAAACACUUAAAACAAGACUGCCUCAUGUGUAAUCCGUGCUUUGCGAACGUCGAUUAUAUCCAGAUACAGUAUACUGCAGUGGGAAUCACACGAGAUGCUUGAAAUUACUUGUAAACAAUUGAGACGCGAACCCGGAACUGGUAAAAUCUAGCGGUUAAGGGGACGACGGUGUAAUAGGGGCAUGAGCUGAUAUCGUAAACAAAACUGAACUCUCAUUGUCAUCAAACAGAAAAAACGGAAAUGCCCUUUUAAUCCUGCGCUCUGAAACAUUUCGAAACGUUUAUGGCUAAGACCAUGUUAGUUGAGUCCUAUUAGUACUAAAAACGGAUUUUGAUAUCUAAAAAAUAGAAAUUGGAAGGAUAUUAAACAGUUUUAAAAGCGGACAAAAAUGUCGAAGCUACAGUAACGAUGAGCUUACAAUCAAUAUCACAAUAUCACUGAUAAGUUGCAAAAGGUUACAAUUUUGCAAAUUUUACAAUUUUUAUCGAAAUGAAUUUGAGAAACCGCACUCUCCAAAACCCCAAAAUGAAAAGACUGAGAAUUGCGUUUGAAAGCAAGGAAAGGGAGACGACGAACAGAAACAGUUUAUACAUGAUUUCGAUAAAGCGAACGUGUAAUUUCGUAUAUUAGAGUCGCCAUCGUUGUUUCGACAACUCCGUCCUCCUAACCAACACUUUCUGUGCAUAGUUUGAGAAUGGGACCCGUAAAAAUGGGUUCUCAGCCAGCUUCCCCAACCUUUAUAUCGCCAGCCCGCCGAAGUCCGCUCCCCCUGCGGAAAACGUGCAAAAAAGAGGAACACGCGUCGAAUCCGAGGCGAGUUGACCGUCAAGAUUUCAACCCCUCGGCCAAAACAACAUGUAUGCGGCAUGAGCGCAUGUAAAGUGGGAGUUAAAUGCAAGUGUGAAAAACACGUUAGAUUGUGAGGUUAUUUUUGGAGGUUUUGAUUAUAGAAAGUUGCGUGUUCGGAAACAAAUCGAGUAACCUUGAUCGCGCUCGGAAUUUCAAAGAUCAGAUUGUGAUAUGAUAUAACUGAUUGAUUGUAGACUGUAUUGUAGAAGAUAAUAACUGGGUUCCAAGGAUAAUAUUGUCACUUUCAGACAGAUCUUGUUGGCCGUUUCCUCAAGGAAUUUGUCCACUCAAAUGAUUACGAUGAACUCAUCAGAGCUUCCACAACUUCUACAGAAGUCCAGGAUACGGCUUCGUCCUUGGAUGAAUUCGGUCGUUAUAUUGUGGUCAGAAUGAAGACCGUAAUCUCGCCCAGAGGGAGAAAUCUGAAUCUGAAAUCAGCCCUCUUCAAGGCCAUCUUAUGCAGAUUUAGAGCAGUCAACACCGAGUAUGGGAGACUCUCUCUUCUCUACGGAAGCUCCACUCCAGCAGGCCAAGGAAACUCGAUCAUGCUGGCCAAUGCCUCGGUUAAGGGAUCCGAGGCCACCAAUGGCGUCUACAUGACCAGACACACCUGUGACAUGAGAUUCAGUUAUGUCAGCGACAGUCUCAACUAUCUCCUUAGACAUGAUGCCAGAAGUUUAAUGGGAACUUCCUUCUAUGACAUUGUUCAUCCAAGUGAUAUGAUUCCAGUGGCUGAAUCCAUGAAGGAACUCUUCCAAAAAGGACAUUGCAGAACUCCCUUCUACAGACUCCUCGGAUCCAACAGUUCGGUUGCUUGGGUUCAAACUGAAGCUACCACUGUCAAUCACACAGCCAGGGGACAGAAGGGACAAUAUGUUCUCUGCGUCCACUCUGUUGUUGGGUAUGCUGAAUUCAUUUUAAAUCUAAAGCUUAUAUUUGAUGAAUAAUAUAUAUUUUUUUGCAGAAUGCAAAGCGAACUUGAUGCUUGGUCCGAACCGGUGGUCGACGGGCAAAUGGCUGCUCAUCCAGCGAUUUGCGUCAGCAAGAUUAAGCACGAGAUCCCAGAUAUGGCCGAGUACAUGGGCAAGCAACCCGAGUUUGUCGAUUGCGUUGACUUCACUCCACUCAUUGAGCCAAUCAUUGAUAUCAACUACGACGAUUACAGCAAUAUGAAUGGAAUGAGAGGACACGGUAAUGAUAUUGAGAUUGAUGAAGAUUCGAUCUACUCGGAUCUUGAAGGAAAAGAGCAAGGCGGGGAGGUUGUUAUAGGUGAGAAUGGAGAUCAGGAAAAAGAAAAGACAAUGGACAAGGAAGAUCAGAGCGAGAUUCAAGUUAUUCAAGAAGAAGUUGCAAAUAGAAACGGUCAUGGUCAGGAUGAAGGCGAUUGCCUAACUGAUCUGGAGGACUGCUGGAAGAAUCCGAAAAUUUGCAAUACUGAAAGACGUCAAUGGAGUUACAGUAGUUCAUCGGACGACCUCGACACACGUGUUCUCUCUUCAAGCGAGGAUGAUGUUGUCAUAAUUAUCCCGAAGAAGAAGUUUAAGAAGUCCAAAGGACAGCGGUCGACUCGGGAAUGGGUGAAACAACUCCGCAACUCGAUCUCCGGUACGGUCAAAUGCGGCGGCGACGUCGAACCAUCCAGUUCGGGGAGUCGCUGCGUUUGUUGUGGAGCUCGGAACGAGAAGGAAGUUGCCGAAAUGUGCCUUCAGAAGAAAAAUAAGGCCGUUCCGACCGUGCCCCUGUCUUUUUAUCGCGAUCUCAUCCAAAAGGUGUUUAUCUGUCCAUGGAGAUGCUCGUUCUUCCACUCUGUGCUUACUCGUGCUUGUGUUGUUUGAAUGUGGAGAGAUAUAAUGUAAAUCGAAUCCCUCAGGUCCUUGCUCUUUUCCUCGAGAACCCCGAAUUGAUUCAGAGACAUCCCUUUUGUGUUACUUAUCCAAUUUCUAAUCCUUUGUAUUGUAGAGAAGAGAAAGAAGAGCUUCGACGAGGUGCUCGACUGGCUUGUCCGCGACGAAGCGGACUCUCCGCCGCCCUACGCCAGUUUCUUCGACCACAACGACGAAUGCCGCGCGGAUCCCACCAGCUCCAGCGAAUACAACUCAAGCACCUUUCGUCCCCAACAGUUCGGAAGAUAUCAGCAGGCCCAAUUCGACCGGAUGCCCUACAGCAACGGACUUGGUCAGAAUUCGACCGCUCCCAUGGCUGCAAGAGAUCGGUUUGAAUGUGGAGCCUCUAAUCCCACUGGCCCCAUCAGUGGAGCUGGACGACCAUCUGCGGGCUGUUAUGCAGCGGAUGGACAAAACUAUAGUGCCAUGCAGCGCGGCUCAGCCCGCGGUCAACAGCCUCAGCAAGGAUUUAAGGCCGAGGCCCGCAACUCCAGAUUCACGGCCCAUAUGCGUCGGGAAGUUGGAAUCGGUCAGCCAAACGGGCUGCUGCGCCAAGGACAACCAGCCAGCGCCGGUGCUCGUGGAGCCGCUCCUCUUCGUGCGCGGUCAGCCAGUUCUCGAGCAGUACCCACCGCUCCGGCUUCAGACGUCUACCUUAUGUCCGGUGCUCAGCUCGGAUCUGCUGCUCGACGAUUCCCUGCCGGGUCCCCUCUGCACACCGCUAUGCGUGCUGCCUGUGAUCCGAAAUCGCCGUCAUAUACUCGGGCGUCCAGCACCAGUUCGAAUCGCUCCACAUUUGACAGUGCCGCCGUCCGACGCUACGCGCAAGCGUCGCCUUCCCCUCGAAAUCAGAGCCAAUCCGGGCGGUCUCGCUGCUCCUCCACCUGCUCUGGUCUCGGCGGUACUCCAAAGCCUCGAGAGCAGCGGCCUGUGAAUGUGAACCAACUCUCAGCCGUCUCAACUGCUGUUGUCCAUCCACUAGAUUCUCCUCCGCAAGGAUACCAAGAGCAAUAUAAUAAAUUUAACGAAGGCCCUGUUUGUAAGAAGGCCGCCUUCGGAACUGAGAAACCGGUCUACAAGGACGAGUACGGCCGUGACUUCGCUGGGUUGGCUCCAUUUGUUCCGGAAGAAGAUUUCUUGCAGCUAGAAGAUUUGGAUCUUAAGGUGAGCGAGCCGUCCUUUUGUUGUUCUUGAAAUAAGUUGCAAUGCCUUACUGUUUGAUGUUUCAGGGCGUAUUCCCUGAUGUUGACUUUUCUGAAUUCUUUCCCGACCAAUCCUCUUCCAAUCCAGGCAGUGCUGGUUCUCUGCCGAUGAUGGAGCAGCAGAAGCGGACCCCUCCUUGUUUCGAUGACAUGUUCCAACAGAAUGUGAACAUCCAACAACAGCAGGAGAGUAUUGUACCGGAUAAUUGGAGAAUGAGUAAGUUUUGAGCACUUUCUGAUAUUAAUCAUGCUAUUGCUGCCUCUAAAGAAAUCUUGUUUUAGCCGAAAGCGAAUUGUGGUAA